GCUGCCGCGUUGAUCAAUUAUUUGAUAUUUUUCUCUUGACAAAACCCACCAUGGACCUCCUUUUUUGACCUUUCUAGAACCGUAGAACGUGUGUGAUGCAUAACUACAUGAUUUCCUCCUAAUAAAUCACGUCUACUCAUCUGUAGAUAUCGAAUCAUGGAAGAGUCGCUUCAGAUGGCUUCUAGUCCGAUCAUAACUAUGCUAGAACAGUUCCAUGUAUCGCCACCACCAGCCACCAUAGGUGACAGGUCGCUGCCCCUAACCUUUUUCGACAUCGUAUGGCUGCCCUAUCCUCCCGUUAACCAUCUUUACUUCUACGAGUUCCCACUCUCUAAAACUAAGUUUAUGGAAAAAAUUGUCACCACUUUAAAAAACUCGUUAUCUACAACUCUUCAACAUUUUUUUCCUUUCGCUGGUAACUUGAUCAUAUAUCCAACUUGUACAAGAAACCCCGAAAUACGUUACGUAGAAGGUGAUGCUGUUGUAGUCACGAUUGCGGAGAGUACACUAGAUUUCAACGAUCUUGUAGGAAAUCAUCCAAGAGACUGUGAUAAGUUUUAUCCUCUUGUACCUCUACUUGGACAAGCUACAAAAGUAUCUGAUUAUGUUAAAAUCCCGGUGUUCUCCAUUCAAGUGACACUUUUCCCUAACUGUGGCUUCUCUAUUGGAAUAACCAAUCAUCAUAGCCUUGGAGAUGCAAGCACAAGGUUUUGUUUUUUGAAGGCAUGGACUUCGAUUGCAAGAACUGGUUCAGAUGAGUCAUUUCUUGUUAAUGGAACUUUGCCAUUUUACGAUAGAGUGGUAAAACAUCCGGAGUUAGAUGAACUAUAUAUAAAGCAAGCAAAAGUCGAAACUUUUUGUGAUGGGUAUCAGCCUCCAUGCCUUUCUGGACCAAGUGAUAAAGUCCGGGUAACUUUGGUGUUGACAAGAGCCAUGAUCAAUCAAAUGAAGAAAUGGGUAUUAACACAUCAUCCCACGUUACAAUACGUAUCAUCUUUUACAGUUGCAUGUGGUUAUGUAUGGAGUUGCUUUGCGAAAUUACGCAAUGAUGGGUUACAAGUAUUUGGUUUAGCCAUUGAUUGUAGGACACGUCUUGUUCCACCGAUUCCUGCUACCUACUUUGGAAACUGUGCUGCUCCAUGUAUGGCGAUGGCGAAAGCUCAUCUUUUAACUGAAAAAGAAGGAUUUGCGACUGCUGUUAGAUUACUUGGGGAGAGUUUAUAUAAGAUGUUGAAUGAUGAAGAGGGUAUCAUGAAAGAUGCCAAGACUUGGUUCAAAUUUUCUUUUGAAGGGAAGCCAACAACGAUCACAGGGGUUGCUGGAACACCUAGACUUGAAUUUUAUGACAUGGAUUUUGGAUGGGGAAAGCCUAGAAAGUAUGAAACAAUUUCGAUCGAUUAUAGUGAAACAAUUUCUAUGAACACCACCAAUGAAUCGAAUCAAGAUUUGGAGAUUGGUGUCUGCCUUUCGCGUAGUGAGAUGGAGGCGUUUAUUGGUAUCUUUAAUGGGGAAUUAGAAAAUUACAUGUAGUAUCGAUGAAUCAUCGCAUUAGUGAGUAAGAUUAGGUGAAGUAAAAUAAACUUUGUUGUUAACUAUUUUAAGAGGGUAACCCGAAGCAGCCAAAGACCCUAUGUCUACUUCCCUGAUCUCUUCUCUUUCUACUAAAACAUGCUGUUAAAGCUAUGGAUAAUAGAAGAGAUUUUUGCCAACUUGCUUGUUUAGGUCACCAUUGUUUUUAUUUUUAUCAUUUUAUUAUUAUUGUUUGUGUAAGUUGUCUAUUUUUAGUUAAUUGAUGAUCUAGGAAACCACC